AGAACGCAGGGGAGCUAAGAGUUGUCCUUACGACCCGCUCUAAAGUUCCUCCGAGCACACCCAGGGCAGACAGCGCUUCCCGGAGGGAAAGCAGAUGAGAGCGACACAAGUCUCGUUGACACCGCCAGAAGCUCAUGAAGAAGUUGGCCUUCCGCUCAACUGUGCUCACGUUCACAAGCUUUGCGUUCUCCAGCCGUUCCUCUCGUCCUCCGGGUUGCUUGUCACACCUGUGGUCGCAUUGCUGACGGAUGUCGGUUUGCUUGCUGGUUUCACCCCGUGCGUCGGGGAAGUCGACCGCAUUUUCAGCCAUCCGCUCGAGGCCAUCUUGGAUCCCCAGUUAGCGGGCAACGAGCCGCUGGUGCCGAAGGGGAGUGAACACUGGCCUUACCCACAAGACCUCCACAGCAUGAGUGAUGUCGUGGACACCAGCGUCGUCUACCGAAUGCACCGUUUCAGAUCAUGUGCAUCUCCCAUCAAGGGUCUGACUGCCGAUAUCCUGAUCCAUGUUGCAGAGAUCGCAUAUCACAAGAAGACGUCAUAUGAAAGACAUCCGCCUGGUCAUCCCGGUUCAGCUGUAUGUUUACUUCGCCUUCACACGGGUUAGUACAAGGUAUUACUACUAUGUACCGAUAGCUGUGUCGAAUACGAGUCUGGUUAGCGUGUGUUUUUCGUGU